ACUUCCUCGCCCCAUGCCCAUCCCUUUGGAAAGAAAAAGAAAACUCACACAGACAAACGACGGCGAGAAAAAAGAGCGAGGGAAAAGUCGAGAGGGAAGCGAAAGCCAAAAGCCAGAUGAAAGAGUUGGAAACUUGCGAGGGAGCCGAUCAAAGACCAGAAUAUUAUCUUUAAAGUAAGUUUUCACUGUUUUGUUUCGGUGACUCUCAGUCAGGUCUAUUGAUAAGUUUUACAUUGAUCCGAUCGGGGCUCUUUGCCCUGAAGUGUAGACCUCGCGUCCUUUCCGUAUGGCUGUAAAUUACUCAUGAAAUUCUGUCCUCAGCCAUGUGUCAUUACAAUUAUUGAAACGUUUUCAGGUUAAAAGGAAGGCCUUAAAGCCCCCUCCCCUAUCAAAUCUUUAUCCCACAUUCAUUGACAUAUCAAAAUGAUUUCCUCUCUGUUAUUUCUGAUUUCAAGUUGGGCCUAUAAAAUGUUGUGAAAGGAGUUGUUGGUAACCUCAGUCAGCCUGUUAAUUAUUAUCAGAUUAUUGGGGUAAUAUUUGCUUUCGUGACCAAUAGUAAGGAUUUACUCUAAGGAGGCUUUUCUUAGGGGAGUUUUAUCAUGUUAAAUUUUGGAUAUAAAGUUCAUCAAAGCAGUAAGCCUACAGCUCUGUGGCUUAUUGGUGUCAAAAGAUGAAGGUUUUUCUUUUAGAGAAAGUUACUGUCUUGUUUUUGUCCACAUACAGCCCUGAGGGGAGUGAAAAGUAUGUGCUAGCGUUGCAUGAGUGUGUUUCAAGUACAAGUCUCAGCAUGGCCUUCACAGCCGCACAGUGCCAAAAUGCUCAUCGCUUUCCUCCAACAUUGCACAACAUGGUGGAGUACGGACGCCGUUCUGCCUUAUCAGGGGGCUAGGGGCUGUGGGCCAGGAUUCAGAUACUUUCUGCUCAUUUUUCUGUUACACUGUCUUAUCUUGUUUUUUUCAGCUCAUUACAUCUGUCAUUUACACUCUGCCGGCAUUUAGAAGUAAGAAUUCACCCACUCCCUGCUCUGUCCUUUUCUUUUUUUCUACAGUCAUGCCACUGCACAAAUCAUCCCGGGCCCCUCGCCUGGACCCCACCAUGAUUUCAGCUCCGUUGGGUGACUUUCGCCACACCAUGCACAUCGGCAGGGGAGGUGAUGCCUUCGGUGACACCUCUUUCCUGUCCACACUUGGUCCUGGCCAGGCCAACAAUGACCCAGGGAGUACAGGAGAUGCAGCUCAGCCUGAGGUGAUGGUCAGCCACGGUGAUCAUUACACAGAUGCUUCUGGAAGCCCACAGAACAAUGAACUCCAGCACUCUGAGUCAGUGUCUUCAUUCGACCUGGACUUGGAUCUGGGCCCGUCCAUGUUGGGGGAUGUUCUAGGAGUAAUGGAUGGUUUGGGGCUCGACUCCAAUGAGGAGGAUGUGUUCAGUCCCAAAAACGGUCCCUCCUCAGCGGGCUCAAAGCAGGGGAAAGGUCCCAUUGAAUCGCCUGUGAACAUGCAGAAUGAGCUCAAUGGGAAGGACUUGGUUGGUUUGGAUGGAAACCAGGUGGGAGACAGCAGGAUACCAGAUGGGAAUGGGAUCAAGCCAAAGGGUUUACGGCCAAAAGUGAGAUUCAGUGACAAACGAGAGGAGAUCAUUCGCCACGCAUCUGAAGAGGAAGAGGGUCAAGAGUUUGAGUUCCCGGAUGAGGAUCAGCUGGAGUGUCGAAGUCCUACUAGAGGUGAGGGCAAAGGAGAUGAGAGUGUAGGAGGUGGAGGUGAAACUGAGUUCACCAAUCACAGAGUGGACCUUCCACCCAGUCCCGCCUCAUCUCACAGCUCAGAGUAUGAAGGAGUGACCUCAUUGGACAGGAGGAGGGUUGACAGCUGCCACUCAGAGACUGAUUCAGAGGAGGAAGAGGAGGGGGAAGGACGGGGCUACACAUUUGAAGAUGAGUUUGAUGACGAAAUUGGUCUAUAGGGGACAGGUAUAUUCCCACCUUGAAAACAAAUCUUUGCUGUCGAAUAAAUCGAGCAUACUGUAUUGUACUCGUCAUUACUUCAGUAUCGUUGAAAUUGGAGACUCAAAAAGAAUGCAAGCUGGAUUUUCAAGACUCAGGAAGAUCCAGUUUGACGAUGUUCCUCUACUGCAAGAGACAUUUUUGUUUUAACUGCAGGGGUAACAGAUUUGUAAAAGACAGUUUCAUGUGUUAUUUAGGUAACAAAAAUGAAAGUUUUGCAGCACUUUGAUUUAUUUUGUUCAUCUGGAUGCUUUACUAUAAAGCUGAAAAGUCAAUUUCAGUGUAAUUAGUAACGCUUGCUUUGUAAAGUCUAAUGUCUUAAAUUUGCUGGGCACACAACACGUGUUGUGAGCUUUACAUUUAGUGCCUUUUAUAGAGCUGUAUGCUUUCAUUAAUGUACCUUGUGCCUUACUCAUGUCUCUAUAGUUAUAUCUCAUAUGCAUGUUUAUUACAGUCGUCAUGCCUUCUCCAUGUUUAAGCUUUACAAAUGGUUUUCAGAGACUUUGAGAUAAUAAAGUUAUCCUGUGUUAAAUUAAAUACUGUGAAUCUGUCACAUUCCAGAUCUGACAGGGAGACUGCCACUUGUUCACAACAAAUCAGAUCUUAUUUUUUUCUUACUGACGUUAUUUAGCAUGUUUUAAUGUACCAAAGAGUUUCUUUUUGCUUUGGGGCUUGUACUUAAAUGCACAGACAAUCAUGGGAAAUUUAAAAGGUCAAAUGUAAUUCAGAAACAAAAGUGUAUUUUUAUACAUGUCUCUUGCUUUUACACUGCUCCUUACUGAAAAGUAUUUUUAAACACAAUGCUGUAAGGGAGAAACCAUUGUGCUCAUCUGAUGAAAAUGCUGGUUUGAACUUUUUUAAUCCUGUGCUUUCACGAGGAUUAAAGUGAGAACAAUAAAACAGUUAUUGGGAUUUUAAAUAUUCAGCCUUUGGUCUGACUCUUUCUUUAAAAAUGUCUACAGGGCAGGACUGAAGCACAAAGGAAACUUAUUUAGAGUGUCUGAGAAUCCCUAGGU